UGAGGGGGUGCGGCGGUGCCGGGGGCGAGCCGCAGGUCGGCCUGGGGGGCGGCUGCUUGGUAGAGCUCGUACCCUCCUUCCCAGGAGUCGUAUCCCUAGGGAAUAGCACCUCCUCUCUGCAGGACAGGCGGGGGCACAGGUGCGGAAAAGGUUGGAAGAGGCUGCUGGCAUUGCCCGGUCCCUGGCACGCGAGCUGGAAUCGAGCUGUACUGUGCCCCCUGAUCAAAGUGCGUCCCGGGGCGGUGGAGGCAUUCCUGAGGAGAGGAGCGGAGCCCACCGCAGCCCCGGACCAGCCUGUAGGACUGUGCCCUCUGCGCUGCCUCUCUGGGUUCUCUCCUGGGCUGCUCUGCCUGCGGCUUCCGAGUCUGGCCUUCAAACAACCUUUUCUUUUGUAGAAAUCCAGUGUGAAAUUGCUGCAAAAGCAGAGAUGAUUGUGCAAAGAGUAGUGCUGAAUUCACGGCCUGGUAAGAAUGGAGUGCCAGUGGCUGAAAACUUCCGACUGGAGCAAAGUACAAUAGCAGAUACAGUCCAAGCAGGACAAGUGCGUGUUAAAACUCUCUAUCUCUCAGUGGACCCCUACAUGCGCUGCCGAAUGAAUGAGGAGACAGGCUCGGAUUACCUGCAGCCCUGGCAGCUGUCUGAAGUUGCUGACGGUGGGGGCAUCGGGGUAGUGGAGGAGAGCCAGCACCAUAACCUCGCUAAAGGAGACUUUGUAACUUCCUUCACUUGGCCCUGGCAGACAGUGGCAAUUCUUGAUGGAGACUCGCUACAAAAGCUGGUGCCACAGCUUGUAAAUGGACGCCUUUCCUACUUUCUGGGUGCAGCUGGCAUCACGGGACUGACGGCCCUGUUGGGGAUCAGGGAGAAGGGACACGUGGCCGUGGGUGCAAAUCAGACCAUGGUGGUGAGUGGAGCAGCCGGUGCCUGCGGCUCUUUGGCCGGCCAGAUUGGCCGUCUGGAGGGCUGCACUAGAGUGGUGGGGAUUGCUGGCACAGAUGAAAAGUGCUCCAUUUUGGUCCAAGAAAUGGGGUUUGAUGCUGCUAUCAAUUACAAGAAGGGAGAUGUGGCAAAACAACUGCGUGAAUUCUGCCCAGGUGGUGUGGAUGUUUACUUUGACAAUGUUGGUGGUGACAUCAGUGAUACAGUUAUAAGUCAGAUGAAUCAGAACAGCCAUAUCAUCCUGUGUGGACAGAUCUCUCAGUAUAACAAAGAUGUGCCUUAUCCCCCUCCGCUGCCUCCUGACAUAGAAAAAAUACAGAAAGAAAGGAACAUCACAAGGGAAAGAUUCUUGGUGUUGAACUACAUGGACAAACAAGAAGCUAGUGUAUUACAACUCUGCCAGUGGAUCCAAGAGGGUAAACUGAAGGUCAGAGAGACUGUGGUAGAAGGCUUAGCAAACAUUGGUGCUGCUUUCCAGUCCAUGAUGAAUGGAGGCAAUAUUGGAAAACAGAUCGUCUCAAUUUCGAAGUGAAAGUAUUGGUUUGAGAAAAAUAAUUGCAUUCUGUUUCUAACAGUGGGCAAGUUUUUCUUAUACUAAUUUCCAUUUCUUAAAUAAACCAUUAAGUUGUUCUGUAUGUACUGAAAGCAGAGAUUUUGGGAUGCUAAUAAAUUAAAUUGAACUGGAAA